AUGCGCGGAGCUUUUCGCGCUGUUCCCAAGCCAGCCCUCGGCUUCUCAGAUCACUCCAUGAUACAUCUGGUUCCUGCUUACAGACAGAGACUAAAGCUCUCGAAACCUGCAAUGAGGAGCUCCAAAGUGUGGUCUGAUGAAGCUGUGGAAGAGCUGCGCGCAUGCAUGGAAUCUACAGACUGGGACCUUUUCAGAGCUGCCACAGAUAGUUUGGAUGAAUAUACGGACACUGUGACGUCAUACAUUCACUUCUGUGAGGAUAGCAUCAUUCCAACAAGGACCAGGGUCAUCUAUAACAACGACAAACCCUGGUUCACUGCUAAACUCCGGCAGCUCAGGAAAGCAAAGGAGUCUGCUUUCAGGGAGGGGGACCGCAGCGGCUACAAAGCAGCUAAAUAUCAGUUCAGGAAAGAACUGAAAGCAGCCAAGUCCCGGCACAGAGAACGACUACACGGAGCAGUUUGUCGCUUUGAUGCUGCCCCUGACACCUCUCCCUCCCCCACCCCCCACUACUCUAACGACCCACCCAUCGGCCCUGCCCCCAGCCUAACAAUAGCCGCUAAAGAGAUUAAACAACUCUUCCUGAGGCUGCACCCCCGCAAAGCUCCUGGCCCGGACCACGUGUCUCCGGCCACUCUGAGACAUUGCGCCAGUGAGCUUACUCCUGUGUUCACGGACAUUUUCAACACCUCUCUGCAGUCCUGCCAUGUCCCGGCCUGCUUCAAAUCCUCCAUCAUUGUCCCCGUCCCGAAGAAGCCCAGGAUCACAGGACUCAAUGACUACAGACCUGUAGCACUUACGUCUGUCGUCAUGAAGUCAUUUGAACGCCUGGUUCUCUCCCAUCUCAAGUCCCUCACCUCCCCCCUCCUGGACCCCCUGCAGUUCGCCUACAGAGCCAACAGAUCUGUAGACGACGCCAUUAACCUGGCCCUCCACCACAUCCUACAGCACCUGGACUCCCCGGGGACCUACGCCAGGGUCCUGUUCGUGGACUUCAGCUCUGCCUUCAACACAAUCCUGCCAUCCCUGCUCCAGGACAAGCUCUCCCAGCUCAACGUGCCCGAUUCCACCUGCAGGUGGAUCACUGACUUCCUGACGGACAGGAAGCAGCGAGUGCGUCUGGGGAAGAAUGUCUCGGACUCUCGGAUUAUAAAUACAGGAGCCCCACAGGGCUGUGUUCUUUCUCCCCUGCUCUUCUCCCUGUACACCAACCACUGCACCUCCAGCCACGACUCCGUGAAGCUGAUCAAGUUCGCGGACGACACCACCCUCAUUGGAAUCAUCUCUAACAACGAUGAGUCCGCCUACAGGAGGGAGGUGGACCGGCUGGUGUCCUGGUGCAGUGGUAACAACCUGGAGCUGAACGCCCAGAAGACAGUGGAGAUGAUUGUGGACUUCAGGAAGAGCACUGUCCCCCCACCCCCACCCUCCGUGAUGGACUCCCCCAUCACCUCUGUGGAGUCCUUCCGUUUCCUGGGCACCACCAUCACCCAGGACCUCAAGUGGGAGCCGACCAUCAGCUCCCUCAUCAAGAAGGCCCAGCAGAGGAUGUACUUCCUGCGGCAGCUCAGGAAAGCCAAGCUGCCUGCACAGAUGUUGGUGCAGUUCUACACGGCCAUCAUCGAGUCCAUCCUCACCUCCUCCGUCACCGUGUGGUUCGCUGGAGCCACAGUCAGGGACAAACAGAGACUACAGCGCAUUGUGCGCUCUGCAGAGGAAGUGAUCGGCCGCAGCCUUCCAUCGCUGCAGGACUUGUACGUCGCCCGAGCUCGAGGCCGAGCUGGUCGUAUCACAGCCGACCCCUCUCACCCUGCACAUGGACUAUUCCAACCACUCCCCUCAGGCAGGAGGCUGCGGUCCAUCAGGACUAGAACCUCCCGCCACAAGAACAUGACUCACGAACACCUGAAAGAGCGGGCUCUGUUCAGCCUGCCCCCUCCACCCCCUGGAGCUAACCCCACAGAGUAUUACCACCUGAUGGCCAGUGCGAGUCAGCGGAGCCCGUACGGAGAUCUUCUGAUGCAGACCGGAGCAGCGGCCGCGGCCGCGGCAGCAGUGGCAGCAGCCGGACAUCUCCCAGACUACAUCAGCCCUGUGGAUGUGUCGCGAUUCUCCAGCCCGCGACUGACACCCCGACUGAGCCGGAAGAGGGCCUUGUCCAUCUCCCCUCUGUCGGACGCCAGUAUCGACCUGCAGACCAUGAUCCGCACCUCCCCCAACUCUCUUGUGGCUUACAUCAACAACUCCCGCUCCAGCUCUGCGGCUAGCAGCUCCUAUGGGCACCUGUCUGUGGGCGGCCUCAGCCCGUCGUUCAGCUUUCCUCAUCCCAUGAACCCCAUGGCCUACCAGCAACUACUGUCCCAGCAGAGAGGCCUCAACGCUUUUGGCCACACCCCUCCUCUGAUGCAGCCCACUCCAGCCUCCUACUCCGCCCGGCAACACCAACUCACCUCUGCCAUGACGGCAUCCCAUAAUAACUCUAACUCCGAAGCCAACCAGAACGCAGGCGGAGACCCAGCAGUAAGCAGCACAGUCAACCCACUCAAUACUAAGAGAUCGAAGGUCAAGACGGAAGCAGAAGGACCCUUGCCCAUCUCACCGUCCACUCAGGACCAUGGAGGGGGGAUCCUGGACCUGAGCGAGGACCUGGACAAAGACGAGUGCAAACAGGAGCCGGAGGCCAUCUACGAGACCAACUGCCACUGGGAAGGCUGCAGCAAGGAGUAUGACACGCAGGAUCAGCUCGUGCACAUCCCUGCUAGUUCGGGCAUGGAUCCAUCAGAAGCUCUAAUGGCCAAGCCAGAACAAAACCUGAACUCCCUGGUUCCACCAACUGACAUGGAGCACUGGACGAAAGAACAAGUCCGAGACUGGGCUCUCACACUUGAAGCUCGCUGUGAGGUGGACAUCUCCAGUAGAAGCAUCUAUGAGCUCAGCUUUGCAGAGGUCAAUGGCACCAUCCGGAGCCUUCUGUCAGAGAACUGUAAAAUGAGCCGCUUCCUCCCAGCAGCUGGAGGAGGCAAAGUUCUUCUGGAGAAGAAAGUGGAACGUCAGCUCACUACACUUUAUGUUCUGUGUGUGAACCAGUGUGAAGGAGGAAAUGAGGACGAAGACACCAUCGAGCAGAACUUCUACAGAGGAGGAGAAGUGUCCUGGUGGAAUUUCUAUUUCUCUGAGCAACCUGGAUCCAUGCCAUUCAUUAAAAGGGACAAAUUAGGCUACAUAGUUGACACACUCAUUCCAGGCUUAUGCUCUUUGAGAAAAAGCUGCGUUGUCUUGAACCUCCUACAUGAAGCUGGGUGUGGUGGCACUACUCUGGCCAAACAUACUCUGUGGUUUCUCAGGGACAAAUUCCGCUGUGCUGUGCUUGUUGACAUGGACACAGAUCUUGUUACCGUGGCAGAACAUGUGGUCACACUCCUGAAGUGCGGCUGUAAAGAACAGGAACCUCCACUGCCGGUCCUGCUGAUGAUAGAUGAUUUUGAAGACAUGGAGAGGGUCUUCAACUUACAACAGCUCAUUGAGAAAGAGUUUUUGAAAAGUGAAGUCCAGUCCAGGUCUCCACAGAAUCAGAAGCGUUACUCAACAGAAGCCAUAGCAGAGAGCUGA